CGAAACCCUAGUUUCACACUCUCUCGUAACACCGGAACAGGAGCCAGUUCGAAGCCCUAAUUCUUUGCAGACGAUGGGUCGCGUUCGCACGAAGACGGUGAAGAAAUCCUCUCGUCAGGUGAUCGAGAAGUACUACUCGCGCAUGACCCUCGAUUUCCACACCAACAAGAAGAUCCUCGAAGAAGUUGCGAUCAUCCCGUCUAAGAGGCUCCGCAACAAGAUCGCCGGAUUCUCCACCCACCUCAUGAAGCGGAUCCAGAAGGGUCCGGUCCGUGGAAUCUCUCUCAAGCUCCAGGAGGAGGAGCGCGAGCGUCGUAUGGACUUCGUCCCCGACGAAUCCGCCAUUAAAAUCGAUCACAUCGAGGUCGACAAGGAGACUCUCGACAUGCUCGCCGCCAUGGGAAUGUCCGACAUGCCAGGGCUCGUCAAGGUGGAUCCCGUCGCCGCUCCGGCUCCAGCGUUCGGGUUCGGUCGUGGGAGAAGGUUCUAGAGGUUCACGUGAUCUGAUCUCACUCGUGGCUGGUGUCGUCACUUAGGUUCUCAAUUCUGCAAAUUUUGUUUCCUUUUUUUUUUCUCCUUGUUAUUUUCUUGAUAGGUUUUGGUGUUCAAUAGUUCCAUGGUGUCCUGUCGUUUGUGGUGGAUUAUACUUCUUCAGUUAGAAGAUCAAAAUGAAAUUUGGGUUUUGACCAAAACUGGUCUGAACUCAAAUUCUUUCA